AUGUCGACCACCACCGUCACGACGGCAACAAAGACGACGACAACGGCGAAUACAACGACCUUGGUUGGAGAUUUUCUGUCCUCGCCAUCGCAACCGCCCAUGACAAAGGACACCAGCGUCGUCCAGCCCGUUUCGGUGUCUCCCGGCACAGUUUGUCCGCAUUGCGGCCAGGAUAUCUCGCUGCCCACUUCCUCCGCCGAUAAUGCCCAUGAUUUGCAGGCGGCCCAGCAGAGGAUCCAGGAGCUCGAGGCUCAGGUCAAGUUCCUGACCACAAGGGCGGCUGCGACUGCUGAGAAACUGGCCGACUACGAGGAUGAGAUUCGUGCCCUCCGCUCCCAGGCCCAAGCCAUGACCCAGACGCAGUCGCACACGCAGACCAAGGAUUCCAUUUCGUCAAUAUCGUCCACAUCGUCCGCCCUGCCGGCAGGGGCUGCAUCCCCUCAGAAGAAUAUCUCCCAUACCAACAACCCUUCCGAACACCACACCCGUCUCUCCACAUUUGCAUCUUUCCUGCCUUACCGCCGAGGAACAACAUCUACUACAACCACAGCCCCCGCCGCAAACACCACCAGUUCUUCUACCGCCGACACCUACGACCCCGCCGAGCUCCAGAACGCCCUGUCCCGCGAACAGUCCCUCCGCAAGGCCGCCGAGUCGCAGCUGUCGCAAGCCAACUUGGAGCUGGAGGAACUAACGGCCCAACUCUUCAGCCAAGCGAACGAGAUGGUGGCCCAGGAGCGCAAGGCGCGCGCCAAGCUAGAGGAGCGUGUCGCCCUGCUGGAGCGUCGCGACGGCGAGAAGAGGAAGCGACUUGAUCGGCUGGAGAAGGCGAUCGAGCGCGUCGAACGGGUGAGGUGGUUGGUGGGACAAGGACCGCCACCACUACAACAGCAGCAGCAGCAACAAGAACAAGAACAACACUAG